AUGGGCAACGCGGUUUCGAGCACGAUGACGUCGUUCAAAAGGGCCUUCGACAUUCUUUUCGGCAAUCGAGACAUGCGCGUGGUCAUGCUCGGCCUCGACGCCGCGGGGAAAACGACGAUUUUAUACAAACUCCACAUCGGGGAAGUCCUCUCGACGGUCCCGACGCUUGGAUUUAACGUGGAGAAAGUGCAAUAUAAAAACGUCUUAUUCACGGUGUGGGACGUCGGAGGACAAGAGAAACUGAGACCGUUGUGGCGGCAUUACUUUAACAACACGGACGGGUUAAUCUUCGUGGUAGAUUCGCUCGAUCGCGAACGCAUUAAUCGCGCGAGAGAGGAGUUCAACAGCAUAAUAAACGACCCGUUCAUGAGAAACUCGGCGAUAUUAGUGUUCGCGAAUAAACAGGACAUGAGGAAUUGCAUGACCACGGCGGAGGUGUGCGACGCGCUCGGGCUGGUGGAGCUGAAAGGGCGGAAAUGGCACGUGCAAGGUGCGGUGGCGACGAAAGGGUUGGGUUUGUAUGAAGGGUUAGAUUGGUUGAGUUCGACGUUGAAGACGAUGCAAUUGAGCGGACAAAAGACGAGCGUAGGAACGAGCGGCGAGCGCAUCGGAAGUUGGAGAGUUUGA